AUGCUGACUUUCUCCAAUGAUGUGGUCCAGGGCAUCUGCUUUUUCUUCCAGACCGGAUUGGGGGUCAUGGGAAACUCUCUCCUCAUCAGUCUCCACAUUUCCACGAUCCUCCUGGAACCCAAGCUGAAGGCCACGGACCUGGUCAUUGUCCAUCUGGCCCACACUGUGACGGUCCUUACCAGAAUGGUCACUGUGUCAUCAUCAGCUCAGCGUCUGAGGCUCCUGAAGAUGGACAUUGGAUGUAAGACGUUCGCCUAUGUGUACCGGGUGACCAGAGGUCCUUCCAUCUGCACCACCUGUCUCCUGAGUACGGUCCAGGCCAUGAUCAUCAUCGACAGUUCCUCUCUCUGGACCCAGCUCAAAGCCCGGGUCAGAAAGAAUAUCCUCCCAAUCUUUAUCCUCCUAUGGCUCCUCAACUCGAUCGUGGACAUCAACCUCCUAUUCAACACCAUUGCAUCUCCCAACGUGACCAUUCUCGAGCCCAGAUUCAGGUCCUCCUCCUCUUCUGACAUAGCCAGAAGCUGCUUCGUGACCUUCUACUGCACGGACUUCAUACUGUCACUGUUUAUGGGAAGUUCCUUCAGGAACAAUAUCACCCUCCUGAAUGUGAAUAUGUUUAUGGUCAGCGGUUAUGCCAUGGCCAGUUCCUUCUUGCUGCUAAGCAGUAACUCCAAGCUUGCCACGUUCACGUCUGAGAAGAUGCAGACGUACGAGGCAGUUAUGCAUGCGAAACAGAUGGUGAAUAAACCGGCAGAGGACAAUGAGUGA